CAUGUUUAUGACCCGAACCCAAUUAACCCCAACCCUAAUCCGCUUAAUUUCGUGUCGUGUCGUGUCGUGUCGUGUCGUGUAAUCGGAUCGUGUCUAAAAUUACCAGCUCUAGAGUCAGGUGUCCUUAGGGUUAGAAAGGCAGCGGAAACAAGACAGGCCAACCAAAUGCAUGGUCUAUUUGGGACUCUCACCUAUAACAUGGUGGUGGGUGUAUCAAAGGGAUUUGAGAAGAGACUCCAAUUGGUGGGCGUUGGAUAUCGUGCAAUGUUGGAAGGAAAAGACUUGGUUUUAAGUCUAGGUUUCUCUCAUCCGGUCAGGAUGCAAAUCCCAGACGGCUUGCAGGUGAAGGUUGAAGACAAUACAAGAAUUGCUGUAAGCGGAUAUGACAAGUCCGCUAUUGGCCAAUUUGCUGCUUCAAUUAGAAAAUGGAGGCCUCCAGAACCUUACAAGAAGCACAAGGCGAGUGUCAUGACAUCAGUGUAGGUAGAUAGAAUCCUUAUUUCUUGACGACUUGUCAUCUUAUAUCUUAUUUGUUCUUGUUGAUUUAAUUGCAUAUUUUUGCUUUUGGG